CAGACAGGAUGCCAGCCCCACGCAAUACCAAGGCAGCAGGGAGCAAGCAACCCUACACGAGCAGAGCGCCAGCUGUGGAGAAUGCCCAAGCUAAGAAGGAGGAAAGCUGUCAGGCGAAGAGAUCUCCUUCCUCACCACAAGGUGCGCCCAAAAAGCGUUCUGCCUUUGGAGAUAUUACCAAUGCUCACAAGAUUCAACAUGUAUUAGGAAAGAAGGAGACAGCAAAGACGGCUUCCAAAAAGGCCCCGAAGGGAUCGGUUGUGUUGGGCGUUGAAAAGAACAAUGAGAUUAACCUGAAAAAAUCAGUGAGCAAGGUUCCCUCUGAGGAUACACCCGCUGAGAAGGUUCCAAAAGAGAAGGAGGACCUGUCACAGACUCCAGCGGAUGAAGUGGCUUUGGUGCAGGUGAAGCCAAUUGAGGACGUAGACAAAGUCCAGCGGGACGAUCCUUACGCCAGCGCUGAAUAUGCCAAGGAUAUCUUCAACUACAUGCGGGAGCGAGAGGAGAAAUUCUUGAUCCCGGAUUACAUGGAGGACCAGCCUGACAUCACCAGGGACAUGCGGGCCAUUCUGGUAGACUGGAUGGUGGAAGUGCAGGAGAACUUCGACCUCACCCACGAGACGCUUUACCUGGCGGUCAAACUGAUGGACCACUAUCUGGUGAAGGUGACCAGCAUGCGGGACAAGCUGCAGCUCAUCGGCUCCACGGCCAUCCUCAUUGCCUCCAAGUUUGAGGAGCGUUGUCCCCCCUGUGUGGAUGACUUCCUGUACAUCUGUGAUGAUGCUUACAAGAGGGAAGAACUCAUCUCCAUGGAAAUGAGCAUAUUGCAAACACUCCACUUUGACAUAAAUAUUCCUGUUGCGUACCGCUUCCUCCGUCGGUUUGCCAAGUGCGCCCACGCUACCAUGGAGACUCUGACACUGGCCCGGUUCAUCUGUGAACUGACCUUGCAGGAAUAUGACUUUGUGCAGGAGAGGGCUUCUCGGUUGGCUGCCAGUUGCCUCCUCUUGGCACUGAAGAUGAAGAACCUCGAUGGCUGGAAUCUCAUGCUGGAGUAUUACAGUGGCUACGGCGUCCAAGACCUCCAGUUACUGGUUAAGAAGCUGAACUUCCUGUUGACCUAUCAGCAUGAUGAGCGGCUCAAGGCUGUGCGCAGCAAAUACUCUCAUAGGGUCUUCUUUGCAGUGGCCAAGAUGCCACCUAUGGAUAUGCUGAAGCUGGAGGACUCUUUGCGUGGGGCCAGCAGGAGGUCUUUGUCGUAAGCCACAGCAAAGCAGCUGGCAUGUAAAUACUGUGUAAAUAAGA